GUAAUAAUACAAGUUGUUGAAGUUGACUGUUGAUAUUGUAGUGUCUUAAUAAAUUGAAAACUAAUUAGUAUCAAAUUAAUUUUUAUUAUACUCUUGUGGUUAAGCGAUGGCUGCCGCUGGAGACGAUGUUGACUUUUCAAAAUUACCGUUACAAGAGAGACUUGAACACAAGAAUUGGAAAGCUCGAAUAAGUGGUUAUGAAGAUUUAAUUAAAGUUUUUGACGUUCAAGAUGAAAAAAGUAACGAAUUCACAAAAUAUUUAUCCAUCAUUAAGAAAAUUCCAGUUGACUCAAAUGUUACAGCUCAAGAAAAAGGACUUUCAGUUGUAUCUGUAUUUUUGGAGAGAGCUUCACCCACCAUAAGUGGUAGAAUUGCAUCUGAUAUCAUCAAUGGGUGUCUUGUCAAAGCACAACUGUCAGCACGAGCCAAAACGAAGGAAUUGGUGCCUGAAAUAAUCCUCAUGUAUAUAGAACUUGAAAAACAUGAAAUUGUUAUCGAAGAGAUUGUCAAAAGUCUGGAUAAUAAAACCCCCAAAGUCGUUGUUGGGUCUAUAUCUAUUCUGAGAGAGGCCCUGAAACAAUUUGGCCCAAAAGUUAUUAAAAUUACUGGAUUAAGUAAAAAUCUUCAUGGUUUAUUGGAGCACAAGGACAAACUUAUUAGAGACGAGGCCAAACAGUUGACUAUAGAGAUGUAUCGAUGGUUAAAAGACUCUUUGAAGCCACAGCUUUCGAGCUUAAAGCCUGUACUUCUCAAUGAACUUGAAGAAGAAUUUGCUAAAAUCAAAGAUGAAAAGCCUCGACCUACCAGAUGUUUUAGAUCUGAACAAAUUGUUGAAAAUGUGGAAGAAGUGGAGAGUGGUGACACAGGAGAUGGCGGAGAAGCUGAAAAAGUUCCUGACCCUGAAACAGACCCCUUUGAUUUUUAUGAACCCGUUGAAAUUUUAUCUAAAAUUCCCGGUGAUUUUUCUGAAAAAGUUGAAGCCAAAAAAUGGGCUGAACGUAAAGAAGCUGUUGAAAGUUUUCUUCAACUGAUUACCCCUCAUCCAAAAUUGUUGCCUGGUGAUUAUGGUGAUGUUGUAAAAAUAUUGAAAAGGUUAAUUGCCAAGGAUAGUAAUGUUGUUGUAGUUGGUGUUGCUGCUAAAUGUUUAGCUGAAUUAGCUGGUAAAUUGAGAAAAUCGUUUCACCCUUAUGCUCAUAGUUGUGUUCUUGUUGUACUUGAAAAGUUCAAAGAAAAGAAGCAAAAUGUUGUUGUUCCUCUUCGUGAGGCUAUUGAUAACAUCAUGAUCUCUUCAACAAUGGAAGCCAUUCUAGAAGAUGUUAUAUCAGCUCUUGAUAGCAAGAAUCCACAAAUAAGAACCGAAACGGCAAGCUUUAUAAGCCGUUUUUGCGCCAACACCAAUCCAGCCUCCUGGGGUAAUAAAAAGAUGUUAGUUCCAUUGGUCGAGGCAUUACUUAAAGGAUUAAAUUAUAAUGAUCCAGCCGUUCGUGAUGCAUCAGCUGAAGCUUUGGGUACUAUUAUGAAAGUUAUGAGUGAAAAAUCAAUGACUCCUUAUCUAGGAGACGUUGACGCCCUUAAGAUGGCCAAAAUUAAAGAAUAUUUUGAGAAAGCAGAAGUUAAAUAUACUGCUCCGGCCGUAACCUCACAAUCUCGCGGAGGAACCGCUAAAGUCGCCGUUCCUCGGUCAACACAAUCAGCCAAAUCAAGUGGUGGUCACCAACCUGCUGCUCCACCUACAUCUUCAUCCUCAUCAUCUAGCUUGAAUGAAACUGGCGCUCCUUCUCUGAAGAAACCAGUUACCGGAAUAUCUAAAAUUGGUGUAAGAAAAGUUGCCAAACCAGAAGCUGAGGUUAAACAACCGGCUAAAGGAACAACUAAUUCAGCUACAAGCAAAACUUUACCUAAGAUGAAAUCUAAAACUGGUUUAACGUCCACUACUGGUACAAAAAAUGAUCCAUCAGCCAGUGAGGGUUACUCUUUACCUCUCCUCCCCGUGAAUAAUUUGAAAGAGCAAAGACUGAAUGAUGAGAGAACUCUCAAAGUAUUAAAGUGGAAUUUCACGAGCCCAAGGGAAGAAUUUUUCAUUCAAUUAAAAGAGCAAAUGAUUACAGCUAACUGGAAUGAAAAUCUGGUUACCAAUUGUUUUCAUUCAAAUUUCAAAAUGCAUCUCAAAGCAGUUGAAUCCCUUCAUGACUUCCUGAAUGAAGGAAAUGUGGAGGCGACUAUCAGCAAUUCUGAUAUUAUUCUUAAAUGGAUCGCAUUACGAUUCUUUGACACAAAUCCAAGUGUCAUCCUAAAAUGUUUAGAGUAUCUGAUUAAAUUAUUCCAAGAGUUUCGAUCAGUGGAUCAAAAAUUAAGUGAAUCAGAAGGACAAAGUUUCAUACCUUAUCUUAUCCAAAAAUCUGGGGAUCCCAAGGAUGUUUUCAGACAAAAAGUUCAUGAAAUAUUAGAGAUAAUCAAAGAAAUAUACCCACCGACAAAGCUCUUCACUUUCAUUCUUAAUGGUUUAGCGUCUAAAAAUGCCCGACAACGAUCAACAUGUCUCGAUGAAUUGGGUUUCUUAAUGAAAGAUUAUGAUGAUUUGGGUAUUUGUCAACCAACACCACAACAAGCUAUUAAAGAAAUUGGCAAGCAAAUUGGCGAUAAAGAUAGUGUUGUUAGAAAUGCUGCUCUUAAUUGUGCUGUUGUUGCUUAUGAAAAGGGAGGUGAAAAAGUCCUCAAAUGGUUAGGCGGAUCAAUUCCAGAGAAGGACAUGGCCAUGUUGGAAGAAAGAAUAAAACGUAAAAGAUUGAUUCGAGCCAAUUCUGAGAAAACUAUCGUUAAACCGGAGGAGGAGAAACCUAAAGAAAUCGCUCCUCCAAGUUUGAUAAAGAUGUCAUCAACAUCAGCUCUUAAAUCUCAACCUAGCUUUGAAAGGCUACCAGCUAAAAAUGAAAUAUUUAACCCACGAACCAUGACCAAAACAUCACCUCCUAACAGAAUUCAAGAAGAAACACCAUCCGAAAGAAACGGCAGUGCUUCGCAACCCUCAAGAUUACCUCCAUCAUCUGCUAUUAAAGCUUGGUUAAUGAAUCGAGAUAUAGAAGAAGAUGAUUGUGUUACUCCACCUCAAGAUCCAAAUGUGAGUCGCAGGAAUUUUAAUACUGGAACAAUUACCAAACAAAAGCCUCCACCAAUGUCACAUGGUAUGAAUGCAAUGGAAAUUGAGUCAAUGAUGAGACGGGAAGAGAUGAGAGAAUACGAAGAAUCACAUCAAAUAUACCAAACCGAGCAAGUUCACCAAACACCUACUCACCACGCAGUUCAACGUUUUAGUCGAUCUGGUACUUACGGUUUGAAUAAUGGCAGUGACGGUGAAGAAAGUGAGGGAAGUGUUGAACAAUUGUUAAAUAUGCCUGAUGAGUUACCUAAAAGAUUUUCUGGAGGCAAACGAAACUCAUUUAGUCCUCGAUCUAUUAAAACAUCUCCUUCUGCCCAAGAUCGUGGUGAUCGCAUUACAACUGUUAUGGUUUCACGUCUUUCUUCAAGUGAUAUUAAGGUUGCCAUAGAUGCAGCUUCUCAAGUUAAUCAGACAUUAAAUAAACCAGAUCGUGCGGAGCAGUAUCUUUCUGAUAAAGUUGACCAAAUUGCUUCAUUAUGCAAUCUUCAACAUAAAUAUAUCAUCCAGAAACACAUUUAUGAUGAAUCGGUGGAUCAAAUCGAUAUUGUCAAUCUUUUAAAACUUCUAAAUCUUUUACUCCAAUCAAUCUUUAAUCAUCCAUCACUCAGGAGGCUGGUAACCAGGGAUAUUCUUAAAGAAAUCAUCUCUACCGUGAUAUGUUUACUGUUAGACGAACGAGUUGCAAGUCUCCCUGAUGGUCCUUUGAUCAUUAAAUCAACAAACCAAUUAGCCAAUGCCAUAAUCAGUUAUUCCGAUCCAACUAGCAUGCUUUCUGCAUUAAUUAAAUUGUUGCAAGAGUGCAUCGUCGGAAGUUCCAAUCCUCAAGAAAAAUCUAUUGAACUUGUUAUGAAGUGUAUCUGGAAAAUGAGUCGUUUAUUGGAUCAUUUUGUUAACGAUCUUUGUAUCGACAAAAUACUUUUUGAUAUUCAUUGUUUCUUUGAACAAUUUCCUUCCGAGUUUUGGAAAAGUGCUGAACGAAAUCGUAAUGACAUACCAAUGAGAACUGUUAAAACAAUUGUUUUCCUGAUUAUCAAACAAUUCAGAGAAGACGUAUUUCGCCAUUUAACCAUGAUUCCAGAUCCAGAGGAAACAGAACUUUAUAGUUAUAUGCAAAAAGCAUUACGACAAGUAAGAAGGGAAAGUGCAUCAUCAGAUGCUAGUCACUCAACUAGUGUUUCCAAGAGAUCUUCAGCUGGAGUAAUCGGACACACCGGUGCUAAUCCAACGUCUGAUUUAACUGUCCAAGAUGAAAUCUUACUCAAAUCAAUAAUUAAUAAAUUAGGUACCAAUAACACCGAUGAAGGUAUCCUCAUGUUAAAUGAGUUUUGCAAAUCACACCCACAAUUCAAUUUACAACAAUAUCUUAACAAAACAUCAUCUGAAUUUUUCACAACCUUUGUUUUGAGCCGCCUUGCUGAGAUAAAAGCCAUACAAUCACGGGAAAAUGACUCCAAUGGUUGUACCAAACUCGAAAAUGUAAAGAAUAUUUGUGAUCUCGAUCAACACGAGCUUCGUAAAAUGGUGCUCACAUCAAUGUCAAAGAGGCCUGAUUGUGGUUCAAUCAAACAAGAAUUGGAUGUUAUGCUCUCUAACACUUUUAAUUCCACUCAGGAAAUAUCUGCCCCAUUAAAAGAAGAUUGGAUGGCAUUUGUUGAUCGAACAGUUUCCGUUUGUAUCGAGGCAUUCGAAGCAUGUAAUAGAAAUGUUAAAUAAGAACAAAAUAUUAUAAAAAUGUAUCUGACAAAUUUUAAAUGAAGCAAUUUUUAUUGAAAUAAAAUUUGAAAAAAAAUGAUA